GAUAAAGUAACGGUGCCAAAAGCCCCGUUCGUCGAGUUGUCAACAGUCACAACGGCACAUAUAUAUCAGCGCCGAAACAAGCGAGACUUUUUGUUGCAAAAGUAGGGAUUUCAGAGGCACUAUGUUUGCCGCUUGCGCGCUCAGCUGGUCGAGUAUCCGUGCGCGGCAUGGCGUCCGCGUCUCGCCGCUGUUAAAGACGGUGUCUGUAUUCAAAUUUUAAAAUAAAAAUUACUCAUCAGACAGUGGAGACGAUGGUGAACACGCGCCGGACGGUCGCCGAUCUCGACUCCAGCACCGAGUUUCUGUCGCUCAAGCCCCGCCAGAAGCGCCACGAGCCAAGCUCGGAGUCUGACGAGAGCGAUGGGCACACCCAAAAGAGCAAGCGGAGGCGAAACGCAGCACCGGACCCACGCCACCACUUGCGCCACAGCAACAACGCGCCGGAGAGGGACGAUGAAAGCGACGAUGACAGCGACAGGGAAAGAGAACGCGAGCGAGGAAAGGGCGGCAGGGAGAGAGACCGGGACCGAGACAGGGAGAGAAAGAAAGAGAGCGGCUGGGGGAGACCACUUCAUUCAAAGAAACGCGUUAACGAGAGGUCUCGUAUUCGAAGCAAAAGUGAAGAGGAUGGCAUCAGACGAAAACUUAAAUCAGAAGGUGGUGGAGGACGGGCCUCGUUCGGUAAGCGCUCCACGGCAGACGGGGAGCUGGGACACAAGAUGGUGAACGGUGGCUCGGGCCUGGAGGUGCGACGCAGCCAACGCGUCAAGCAGAGUCGCUACGCCUCCCUCAACCAAUCGCUCCUGGAUGAACAGUAUGUCACAAAUUCGGCUGUUUUGCAAGACUUCGACAAGAUUGGGGACCAGUCGGAGAGCAAUCUACACAGCAGCCGCCGCCAUCGCGAGAUCGAGAAGCUCCGCCUGUGGCAGGACACGGAAGAUGUGAGGAUUGGGUUUGACCCCUCCUCCGUUGAUGUUCGUGCUGAGAGCAUGGACAUGUACUCGCGUGUAAAGCGAAAACGAAGGAUAGCUCAACAGGACGAUUUUGAAGAGGCCUCAAGCGACAAAGAAUCCUCUGAAGGCGAGGGGGAAGAAGGGCAGACUGAAGACUCGCAUGAGGCGGAGGGAGAUGUGGGCGCGGAUGGGGAUGAAGAUGAGGAUGAAGAUGAGGAUGAAGAUGAGGAUGAGGAGGAUGAGGAAGAGGAGGUGAACGAGAAGACUUAUUUCCUGCGGAAGAGGAAAGUGGUGCAGCGAUAUCAGGCCCCACCUAUCGAGCCGGUUGCUCGGCGGCCGGCACGCUCGGGCGAAAUUUACGAUGUCCAUCGGUCGCCCGUGCGCCGCCGCUAUACUCGCCAUGCCGGAGGCCCCCAGAGCCCAUACUACAAGCGGCGAAAGAGGCAUGCAAUCAACAGCAGUGACUCGACAAGCUCCUCGUCGUCGUCUUCUGAUCAAGAGCGUUUUGACAAGCGCAUGUCAAAGAGCAUGGCACGUGCCAGAAAUCGGUGUCUACCGAUGAAUCUGAAAGCAGAAGACCUGGCAAGUGGUGUUCUGCGAGAGAGGACACGAGUAGGAGCCAGCCUGGCUGAUGUUGACCCCAUGAGCAUGGAUUCCUCCAUUGGCUUUCAUAGUAUUGGAGGGUUAAGUCAACACAUCCAAGCCCUCAAGGAAAUGAUUGUAUUUCCACUCCUAUAUCCAGAGAUCUUUCAAAAAUACAGCAUUCAGCCCCCAAGGGGCUGCCUCUUCCACGGCCCACCGGGAACAGGCAAAACGCUGGUGGCACGUGCCCUAGCCAACGAGUGCAGUCGCGGAGACCGGCGCAUGGCCUUCUUCAUGCGCAAGGGCGCCGACUGCCUGAGCAAGUGGGUGGGUGAAUCCGAGAGACAACUGCGACUUCUCUUUGACCAGGCAUACUUGAUGAGACCCUCAAUUAUAUUCUUUGAUGAAAUUGAUGGCCUCGCCCCAGUUCGCUCAAGCAGACAAGAUCAGAUACACAGUUCCAUCGUGUCGACGCUGCUCGCCCUCAUGGACGGGCUGGACAGCCGUGGUGAGAUCGUGGUGAUCGGCGCCACCAACCGGCUCGAUUCCAUCGACCCUGCACUACGCCGGCCCGGCCGAUUUGACCGAGAGUUCAUGUUUAACCUUCCUGAUGUGCAGGCACGGAGGCAAAUACUGGAGAUCCACACAUGCAAGUGGACUCCCCACCUCUCCAACUCCUUUAUGGAUGAGUUGGCCGAAAAGUGUGUAGGCUACUGCGGCGCGGACGUCAAGGCCUUGUGCACAGAGGCCGUGCUGUCUGCACUGCGACGGCGCUACCCGCAGAUCUACGCGACCAGCGAGCGCCUGCUUAUUGACCCUUCCUCCGUGUCGGUGGCAACGUCGGACUUCCAGCGUGCCAUGGACACUGUGGUGCCGGCCUCGCAAAGGGCGGUGGUGGCGCCGGGCGCGGCGCUUGGCCCUGUGGUGCGCCCGCUGCUCGCCUCGCAGUUCAUGGUCUCCCUGGAGCGGCUGCUGCGUGUUUUCCCGCAUGGACGCGUUGUGUGCCGCAACAACAGUGGCAGCAGUACUGCCGAGCAAGGCCUAAUGAGCCAGAUGGUGUUUGAUGACCCAUACAGUGAUGAGGAGGAUGCCCCCUCCAUCUUCCAGAAUGGUCCACUCCCUCCGAACGAAAAGCAAGACUUAGUGUCCAUGGCAAACAGACCCUUCCUCAACUUUAGUAGCUCGGUGCUACGCAAGCCCAGCACCCAUAGGCCACGGCUGCUCCUGGCAGGAGACCCUGGCUCUGGGCAGAGUUCGCACAUCGCGCCUGCACUAAUCCACAGCCUCGAGAAGUUGCCGGUGCACAAGCUGGACCUGCCGCUGCUCUACGGUGUGAGCGCCAGAACGCCCGAAGAGUCCUGUGCUCAGGUGUUCCGCGAGGCGCGACGCACAGCUCCCAGCGUGAUCUUCACGCCGCACAUUGACGAAUGGUGGGAGACCGUCCCGGAAGCCGUACGCGCCACCUUCACGUCGCUGCUCUACGACGUGCCACCCUUUAUGCCCGUGCUGCUGCUCGCUACGGCUGAGACUCGGCACGACGCCAUGCCGGCCGAGGUGCAGCAGUUGUUCCGGCCUCGGUACGGGGAGGUGGUGAUACUACAGCGACCCGGGGAGAAGGAGCGUCGUACCUUCUUCCAGGACCUGUUGCUAAACCAGGCUGCCAGGGCGCCCCCCACCAACAAGAUGUCAGUGCUGCAGGCCCUAGAGGUGCUACCGCUGGCGCCUUGCCCCGAGCCACGCAAGCUGUCGGCCGAGGAGUUGCAGCGCCUGGAAGAGCAGGAGCAGGACACCUUGAGGGAGCUGCGUCUUUUCCUGCGUGACGUCACCAACCGCCUGGCCACCGACAACCGCUUCCGCAUGUUCACCAAGCCCGUGGACAUAGAGGAGGUGUCCGACUACCUGGAUGUGGUGAGGCUGCCCAUGGAUCUGUCGACAGUGCGGAUGAAGAUUGACCAGCACAAGUACGAGACAACGCGUCAGUUCCUUGAUGACAUCGCCCUCAUCUGCAGUAAUGCCCUCGAUUAUAACCCUGACAAGGACCCCAGCGAUCGCAUGAUCAGGCACCGAGCGUGUGCUAUUAAGGACACCACCUACGCCAUCAUGGCCUCAGAGUUGGACCCCGAAUUUGAGAAACUCUGCGAGGAAAUACACGAGUCACGGAAAAAGCGAGGUGUUGUGCCGGCCAUGUCUGCACCAGAAUGUUACACUGUAAGGACGUUAAAGAAGAAAGACAGUGAAGCUGUAAUUCUGGCUUCUGAUGAAACCGCUGUGACAAAUACCUCCAGCCCAAUCGUGAAGAUCAAUCCCUACAAGAAGAAGCCUCGACGGCGCAUUAAGUGGUCGAGGGGCGUGUGCUGCUCCUACAAGAAGGCCCGGCUCCCGGCGCCGGCAAGCGCCGGCUCGAGAAAAGACACCGACGUCAAGUCCGAGAAGGAGGAGGCGGACGACAAGGACGAUGAGACGGAGGACACGUUGAAAGAUACGACAGAGAAAGACGACGGUGCCGACACCAGCGACAAUCAUGAGACGGAGUUGAGCAUGGACAUCACGGGGCAAGAGGAGGACUCGCACGAUUCUCGCGACGCUGCAGACGGUGGAUCCGUCACCGGGAAGGAGGACAACGCUAACGGUGCUAUCGACGAGGGACAGCAGCCGGUGCUCAAUGGUCCGCUGGGCGGGAAUGCCGAUUCCAUCAUGGAACUGGACAGCGACACAGGCGAGCUUGACCAACUCGACGAAUCUGCCAUCCCCAUCAUUGAGGAAGCAGGUGAGGAAGAGGCUGACACCGAGGUGUCUGGCGGCGGAGAGGCGAGCAAUGGCAAGGCGGCGGAGGAGGAGGGCGAGGCUGACAGCCUGGCGAACAAGGAAGAAGCAAACCCGGCACGUUCGUCUUUGCCGCCUCUGGGUCCGGCCGCAGGUGAUAACGGCGCCGACGAUCGACUCGCAGAGACAAUAAAUGGAGAUGCCUCGGCUUCCAAAGAUGCAAAAGCCUUGGCAGAUGAGAAGGACGAUGCCUCUCGAAGCCAGCGUGCUCAGAUGGAGCAGCAGAGGGCAAUCGAUGCUCAGAAGCUUCACCAGGUGCUGGAGGAGCCAGUGCUACCAGUCAUUGUCGAUAGAGACAAACUGCAGGCCUUGCUGGACCGUGUGGUGACACGGACCGACGCCUCUACGGUGGAGGAGCUUGAGAGACUUUAUGCCAUACUGAGCCAGUGCGUUUACAACCACCGCAGGGAGAACAACAAGAUGGCACUUGUACAGGAAAUGGAAAGCGAGGUGGAAACAUUCCUUUCAGGAAGAGCACAUGGGACGGCACUUGAGACUGAGCGGUGGACGGAUGCCUUUCGCGCACGGGUUCACAAGUAGGGUGCUGUAUGUACAGGGUUAUGCAUGUGAGCACUCUCUUGUCUUGCGAGCAGCCCAUAAUUAUCACCAUCUUCUCAAAGAUUGGGCAAGAGGUUCCCUCGGUUCAUCUCAUCCCCUCUCACCUGACUUUUUACACCGUAGCGAGAAAGCAUUUGAAAUUUUAAACGUGUUCGUCAGCCGGCAUCGCUGUUGUUGUGUGUUUCAGGCUUGGGCAGCCGCAUGAAAUUUAGACCCAAUUUCUCAAGCAUAAUGCAUUCAUUGUCUUGACUUGGUCACCAAUGACCGCACAAAAUUGGCAAUAUGAUAAAUUGGCGUGGGUUGACAUUUGUGUGUGAUGGCAGGCGUUGUGGUGCACCACUAUACAGGCGUAACAUCUAGUGUUGGGUAAAUGAGGCAUCUCAAAAAAACUUGGAGGUAGCUUUGUGAUAUCAUUUCCAAAACCGGUCUGUGGUAAUCCACUGGCUAUAGUUAGGUGUCCCUGAAGGACUAUGUUCGCCCAGUGCCUUGACUAUAUUAGCAUAGUUUAAAUAUAAUUGGUUAAAACAGUAUUAAAUAUACAUGUGGAUAAACUAAAUCUAACUACCCAUCUGCAUUAAACAUGAGUGUACAGGUUGGUGUUCCAUCUACCUUUUGCCCUUCUCCCAUGGUGCACUUUGAAUGUUCAUGGUGAUAAUUAUGCCCUGUACAAGCUCGCUUGAGUGUACUGCUGUAAUAAAAUAUAUAACGGGUAUUGCGUUGAUCUUGACCCCAAACUAAGAUCUCUUGGUGACUGUUUCUUGAAAUUUAUACGAUAAAAACAAGAAAAAAAACAUUAAAAAAGGAUAAAUUAAAAUAAAAAGUUUUCAAAAGUCCAGUGUAUUUAUGGCAAAUUCUAAAAAAAAAUAUAUAAAAAUGUUAAACAUCUUUCCAGUUUUUUUUUUUAUUGAUGGUGCUGCCGUCAACAUCUCAGGUAACCUUGCACAGCUGGCAAGCUUUGCCAUUCAGGUCAUGAGCCUUUAAAUGGAAAUACUUGUCUCCAACAGUGAAAUGUCACCAAAUAAAAACUACUGUGGUGCUUAAAAAAAAAAUGUUAAAGGAUAUGAAUAAAAAAAUUCAAUCAUUACAAGCCAUUGCUUUUGCAAGGGCCUUUUUGCCAUCAACAUGCGAAACGAAGUGAGGAUUUUGAGGCAGGUUUCAUCUGAUUAUCCUUGACAAGUGUUUACAGAUUUAACCGGGAAGCCUCAUACUUUUCACUCUUUAGCGUCAUCUCCCAUCGUGCGUCUUGGCUUUUGCGUGGAAUAACCUCUGUUGGUGAGAAGGGUGAUGCUGCUACUACUACUUUGCCAUCAGUGUUUUAUUUUUGUCCGUGGUGCUGUGUUGACUUUCUAUUUUUUGUUCCAAGUCUCAUUUAUGGACAGUUUGCUUUUUGACGAACAUUCAGCACCAUCUUGUGUGGAAAAAAAUACGAAUAUUAUAUUCCUGGGGAAAAAAAGGUUUAACUACAAAUUAAAUUUAAUUACCAGGGGUGUAACAAUUGAUUAGUAUUGCUUCUUAAGUGGCACAAUGCAUGCAUUGUAUCGCAUGAGAAUCAAUGUUUUUCAAUCCAUAUGUUUUAAGUAAUGCGUUUUACAGGAACCCCUGCAAGUCACUAGUGACAGCUGCAUUCACCACAAUGUUUUAAACAAAAAAAGUAAUCGAUCCUAAGAGUUGAAACAGAAAAAUAACCUGAAUCGUGACAAUACAUCAAAUCGCCGAGGAGGGGGGGGGGGGAAAUGUUGUUAGUGAGUGACCAAUAUGCCCUAUAGAGCUGGAACUGGAAGCAGUAGUGUUUUAUAAGAAGUUUGAUUCAGAUAUGCUGCCCGUGUAAUUUACAUGGAAAUCCUGCGAGCAAGCUUAGUUCAAACCCGUUGUGUUGUCACUGUGCGGCAAGAUAUGGAAGGGAUUUAAUCAUGGGCUUCUCGGAUUGAAUCGGUGGCUGCUGAAAAGCACUACUGUCAUGCUCGCAAUUGAGACUGGUUAAGAUGACUUAAAUUGAGACAUGUGCAUUUGCGUUGGUUGGACUUGUCUGCCUCAGUUUCACAAGCUCAGGGGCUUCCUUUAUUUAAUUUAAAUGGCCAAUGUCAUAAAGGAUUUAUCAAUUGCUUAUUCCUUGAGGCAGUUUCGACUGCUUCUGAAACACUGUUUUAAUUUAAUUACGAGAGCAUAUAUUCCCCCCGGCACUAAACCUGUCAGUCAAUUUGUCAAACGUGUCUUUGUGUUGUGCUUUGUAUUUUGCUGCAGAUAUCUUUGUAAAAAAAAAGCAGCUGGUGUUGUUUGCAUGUGUUUGCUUACUUUCUCUAUGCCUUUUUUACGUCAACUAAUAAAGAAAAGUUAAAGACUAACACACGCUCGUGGUAAAAUAACUCUCGUAUGAUUUUUGCCUUGGGGUCUCAUAUGCCAUGAACAUGGACAGGCAACCCAAUGCCUCCAGGUCCAAGCUCUCUUCAUGGCAUUAAACUUUUUGGCAAAUAUAACAAGAGGUGGUGACUGCAGUGGAAGGGAUGGCCCAUAAAGUUGGUGGUGGGGGACGCUGUGUCCAUGGUGUAGAAUGUAAUUGAUUUAAUUUACUGGUAGUCCAAACCACAUGUACUCGAUGUAGUUAAAAAAAAACAAUUCUAGCAUUCCUAAACAAGUGUUACGUCACUGGUUUGCAGAGGUGUGGACUCGAGUCAUGUGACUUGGACUCGAGUCAGACUCGAGUCAUGAAUUUGAUGACUUCAGACUCGACUUGGACUUGCAUAACAAUGACUUUGUCCCACCUCUGAGGUGUGGACUCGAGUCAUGUGACUUGGACUCGAGUCAGACUCGAGUCAUGAAUUUGAUGACUUCAGACUCGACUUGGACUUGCAUAACAAUGACUUUGUCCCACCUCUGCUGGUUUGGUUUAGACAUUUGCAAAGCUGUGUCUUUGGUUACAUUAUCGGUAACUCCGUAAGACUUGCCUAUGGGUGCACACCGAUCUGGCAAGUGUGGUCACCAUACACAACUUUUGUAUUCAUGUUCACGCGAGGAAGAUCUCCUUCUCUAUGAUUAAAUAAAACCUUACACGAAAAUAGAUUAGUCUCCCUUCCAUCCAAACAGCUGUCAGUAUUCAUGACGGCUGCAUAUCCUGACUGCUGUUGACCUACUGUGCACAUCUCAUUUCAGAUAUCUGAUGAGUGCUCAAACACAAUUUAGGUUCCUUGUACAUUGAUUAAAACUUAUGGGGCUAUUUAUUUGCUUGUAUCACCUAUAUUUUUUAUAGUUUUUUUUCCUCUCAUUGCAAUAUAAGACCCUUUCAAGGUGACUUUUUUUUAGUUUUAAAUUCAUCCAAGGGCAGCUUUAAUACAAAAACUAUAAAAUAAUCGAAUCAGCAUUGUAUUUUGCCUGGAAUUUUAUAUUGUACAGUAGAUUUCGAUUUUUCCAUAAGGAUCCCCUUUGCAUGCUUGAUAUUCUGACAGGUUGAAGCCGAUUUUACUUAUUUAGAAUGCUGCUCAUUGAUAGGACAAGUGUGCACUGUAUGAACAUUGCGUAGCCAUAUUUGCUGGUGUAUAUUUGUUUUUUUUUGUCACGUUUCCUUUUGUAAGUACAGUAUUUCAAAAACCUCUGCUGUAUAAACGCUAUCUGGCCACGACAACUUGAAAGGGUUUUGCAUUUUUUGUUGUUCCCCGUUAUGCAUCAAUGGAUUUUAUGUGAUUCAAUUUCUGCCGUGCUUUGAAAUUAUUAGAAUGGGGGAGGUGGAAGGCAGUUCUUUUUUAACGCUUCAGGAGUAAAAUUGUCCAUUUUGAUAAACAUAGGCGUGUGUUUGAUCUUUUAGCAUUUAUGGGGUGAACAGUAUUUGUGGGAAAACAUUGCAUUCGUUUCUUCUGGGUUAAUGUAAAAAAAAAUCCUCUCUCUGAUGUAUACACACGUGCGCAAGAUAAACUUUGGAUCUUGUUGAAAUAAAUAAAAUAAAGCAUU